GGAGAAGGCAGGAGGAGACGAGAGGAGGAUGGAUUUAAAGGGGAGGAAGAGAAACAUUGGAGCAGCAGGAGGAAGAUGAUGAAGACGAGGAGAAAAGGAGAGAAACAUGAAGCGACAGGAGCUCCAACAGAAGUUGGUGACUGAGUCCAGGUGAGGUGGUGGUGGGCAGAGCUUAGCUUGCUGAACCACUGUCUGAUUGGUGGGCGGUGAUGAUUGCGACCGGUGGCCUCCUGCGGAUCAAUGCACGGCGACAGGACUCACUGAGGUCCAAAACACACAAAGCACACACUCAUAAGAGGAAGAACAAGAAAAAGAGGAGGAGCGAGGUUGUGGUGGUAAAGGGGAAGCUGAAGCUGAUUUCCGCCUCAGGUCUUGUGGCUGCACUCGGCAUCCUGGUCCUGCUGGUGGGCAUGGUCAUGGCAGCUCUGGGCUACUGGCCUCGAGAUGGACUUUUUUUUACCUCUCAGUCACAGGAGGGCACCACCAUGGCUUCAGUGUCCUCUAGCAGCUCCACCCUUACUCCGACUGACACUCAGGGAGGAGAGAUGAGGAAAGACCUUAAAGGAAAUACAGGAGUUGACACAGUGGGAGGUGAAGAAAAUGGAGAAGGAGAUGAAGAAGAUGGAGGGGGCCAUGAUGCUUUUAACCAGACACAAAUCAUUAACGGGACAACUCAACAGCUUCCACAAGGUUUUCUCGAGGAUUUUCUGGAAAGAUAUCUGUACUCCGAUAGGCUGAAGGUCUUCGGUCCUCUCAUCAUGGGUAUUGGGAUUUUCCUAUUCAUAUGUGCAAAUGCUGUUCUGCAUGAGAACCGCGACAAGAAGACCAAAGUCAUCAACUUGCGGGAUAUUUACUCCACUGUCAUCGACCUUCACAGCCUCCGUAAACCCAACACCUCCUCCGCCUGCUGCUCCUCAGCCAAUCCCCUCAACGGCAUUGUUAACUACGUCCAAUCAAUGAGCCUGGAGUCAAAACCUAGGGUAUACCCUGCCUCUCUGAUGAAUAGGAGGCAGGCAGAGGGAGAAGGAGAGGGAGGUGGUGGAGUUUCGUCUAGACAACCAUUGUCUGCUGAUAGUAGAGGUGGAGGUGAAUUAGGAGGAGGUGGAGGAGGUGAGGGCAGUGAUGAAGAAGGAGGAGACAGAGUGUUCAGUAUCUACCAGGAGCAGCCAGAUAAUCCUCCUACCCCCUCCUCCCACAGGCUCUCCCUACCCCUCAGCCUAAAUCCCUCGAUUUGCUGGACCUCCCAGCAGAAGGAGGCACUCAGCGCCUUCACCUUACCUCUGUGCCGCCCGCGGCCCCAGAGGAACUCAGCUCGGGUUGGAACAGGCUGGAUCACAGGAGGAGAGGAGGAACAUAGGAUAGAGAUGGGAGGUCACCGACAGGAGGAAAAGAGGGAGGAGGAGAGUUAUGCAUGUCCACCACCUCCUCUGUGCUCCUCCAGCCCCACCCAACUCCGAGCCUUCCAGGUUUCUUGCAGCUCCUCGAUUCUUCACAGGGAAGCACCAGGAGGCUCCCAGACCUUCCUUCUCAUGUCCUCCUCCUCCCUUGCCCCCUCCCAUCUAUCGCUGUCCUCCCUGUCUCACCUCCUGUCCUCUUCCUCAUCCAUGCCACUUCCCCCAUGCAGGAGGCAGAGCCUACCAGCAAGCAGCAUUAUGACAGGUUACAGUAAACUGAUGCAUGAAGAGGAGGAAUCAUUUGAGUUGACUGACACCACAUCAUCACAUCAUGUGAUAUCACAGUGCAUGGAAGUAACAUCACACAGGAAGUAUUCCAACAGAGAGAAGCUGAGGAUGAUCUCACAGGCAGAUUCUGGUCUGAGACGGGAGCAAGAGGAGGAGACUGAGGAGAUGGUACACCCAAUCAGGAGAUGACUUAGUAAAUGACAGCACAGCUCUGAAGUCAUGUGACUUCUUAGUGACAUCAGUGCACAUCAUAAAAAAGGAAGAACCUGUUGGUUCUGAAAGUCACAAAUAACUGAAAACAAAAAGUUAAAUGUUCACAGGAUUAAUUUCCAUUCAAACUGUGAAUUGUUCUGAUUAAAGCAUCUCUGCUGCAGGAUGAUUAAAGGAACUUGUCGGCUUUGAGGUCGAACUCUUUGUAGCAAUAAGGAGUCUUCCAGAUAAAUGAAUGACAGCACAACAGUAAAUGAACUGAUCAACUUUGUUUAAUUUCCAGUAAUUACUGUGCUAACUGACUGCCUGCUUAUAAAAAAUAUGGAAAUGUUUUUGUAUUAAAUCAUCAUGUGUUGCUGUGUCCUACAAGUAAUGUUUCAUGUGUUCAUAUUGAGGUUCCCACAAUGUGAGAUUCUUAUCCGCUGAGAAAACUCUUUUUUGGAGGUAUGACAAGAGUUCGGGACUCACUAUUUUGAAAUUUAUCUGCACAGUAGGAGAAAAUAUCCAGAGCGGCUCUGUGUAAUGCUGCUUUGAACACAUAUUUCCUCCAGUUUAUUUUUGUCUGUCUUUUAAUCACUACUAGCACAAUGUAAAGCAUGUGGCAUAUAAAAUAGUAUCAUCUGCAUAAAAUUAUACAUCACAGUUUGGAGGAACAAUGAUAAUACUGUAUAAUUUAUGCAUAUGGUGAAUAAAAGAGGACCAAGAUUAGAACCUUGUGGGACACCUUUUACUACCCUGCAGAUAAUUUGAUUUGGAACCACUGGAAACUCCUCCCUGAGUUUUUACCAGUUUAAAUCAAA